GGGAUGACGAUCGUUGCUUCAUUUUCAGCCCUGCCUCAGAGACAGGGAUUAGCACUGCCCCUGGUCUCUCUCCCACUUGCAUUAGUCUUGCAGGCAGACAGGAUGAGUGAAUACCGUUGCUAUGGCUGUAUUUUGUAGUAUCUUCUUUAUUAGCAUAUGUACUAGUAACACCGAGAGUUAUCAGAGCGGCCUCGAGAUACAAAGGGACCAGCGUCCUCAGGUAUAUGAAGCCAACAUCCUUCGAGGUGAGAGAUGACAAUCUUGACCCUUAACAUCUUACACUAGCAGAUUCCUCCUAUGCCCUAGCUAUCCCUCAGUCUCCCAGUCCUCAUCGAGUCUUACUCCUCUGGAGUUAUUACUCAGCAUUGCUUGCUUUUCGGGUCCCUACCUAAUCCUACCUCAAGGGUAUCGGUAGACCCUUAGAGUUCCGGCCGGCAACGAGGCCUAUCUUGAUAUCUCAUUGCUUACAGCAAGCCGAUCAUACAGCCACAAUGCCGUCAGCGGUCCCCAGCGCAACAACGACCGGCGCCGAGCAUAUUGAACCGGCAGGCAAUGAAGGACCGUUCGUCAACGGAUUCAACAGAAAGCCCAAUGGCGUCUCAACCUGGCCUACUAAUGGCCAUGCUCGAGCUAGCAGCGUAAGCUCUGCCGAUACUUCAAACCCGACUGUUUUUGAGCCACAUACUUUCGACUGGAAUCAACAUCGUGGUCCCGGCCUGACACAUGGGUACCAUGAGGAGGAGGCCGGCGGCCCACGAUCUCGAGCAUACGCCAGGAUACGGUCUUGGGGAGAUGAUCCUAAAACGGCUAAGUUCCCUCGUAUAUCAAAGCCCAUGGAGCUCAUGCGAACAAACUAUGAUUGUGUUGUCAUUGGUUCCGGUUACGGCGGUGGCGUCGCGGCGUCCCGGAUGGCUCGUGCCGGAGAGUCCGUUUGUCUCCUUGAACGCGGUAAGGAGCGCUGGCCCGGAGAGUAUCCCGAUAGCACCGGUGAUUCGAUUGAUCAAUUACAUUACUCUGGCGAGCUCGCCCCUGGUUGGUUGCCUAAGAAAAUUGUCGAGGGUGGUGAUCCUACAGGCAUGUACCACAUGAUUUUCGGAAAUUGCCAAAAUGCGGUGGUCUGUAAUGGUCUCGGCGGAACCAGUUUAAUGAAUGCCAAUGUUUAUCUGGAAGCGGACAAAGACACACUACAGCUAGAGGCAUGGCCUAAGGAGAUCAGGGAUAACCCCGAUUGUCUGGAUGAAUACUAUGAGAAAGCAGAAAAAGUCCUGCAACCGGAACCGUAUCCCGAUGACUGGCCGAAGCUGCCAAAGCUUGAGUUGUUGGAGAAGCAAGCGAAGUACCUCAGUAUGGAAGAGAAAUUCCGACGAGUGAGGCAGACAACACGAUUCGUCAAUGGGCCAAACAGCUGUGGCGUAGAGAUGUUUCCGUCGGCAAUGACUGGCCAAGACUGCACCGGGUUAAACGAUGGGUCUAAGAAUACCACACUAGUCACUUACCUGGCUGAUGCUUGGAACUGGGGCGCCGAUAUGUUUUGUGAGGCGGAAGUCCGAUACAUCACCAAAGCCCCUUAUCCCCAAGAAGGAUACAUCGUGUAUUUCGCUUGGCACGGGAGGAACCGCGGUCAUUUCAGGGCAAAUUUGCAUGGUGACCUCAUGUGGGUGCACGCAAAGAGGGCCGUGUUCCUUGGUGCCGGUGCUAUCGGUUCAACUGAGAUUCUCCUUCGGAGUAAAAACAUGGGUCUGGAUUUGAGCGAUAAAGUCGGCGAAAACAUGAGCGGAAAUGGCGAUAUCUUGGGUUUUGGGUAUAAUACCGACCACGAAGUGAACGCGAUGGGAAGGCCUUUCCCCUCUCCCUACCACCCCGUCGGACCUACCAUCACCGGUAUUAUCGAUAAUAGAUCAGGUCACGAUAACCCUCUGGAUGGCUACGUCAUUGAGGAGGGUGCUAUUCCUGGGGCUCUCGCACCGUUCUUGCAAGCCAUGCUCGAGCUGUUACCCGGUAGCAUCGAGCCAACAGGCGAAGGCCUCAUCGGCAAAUUCCAGGCGAAUCUUGCUCGUCUCGGAACCGCGUUCCUCGGACCGUAUUUCCGAAAAGGUGCGAUUGAGAGGACACAAGUGUAUCUCAUUAUGUCUCAUGAUAGUAACCAAGCGUACCUCACUCUCAAGGACGAUAAACCUGUUCUUGAAUUUGUAGGUGUUGGGCGUAGUGACCACGUCAAGUACCUGAACAGGGUAUUGGAGAAAGCCACCAAAGCUGUUGGUGGAACGUUUGUCCAAAACCCCUUUUACGCUCUUCUUGGCAAGCAGCAAGUUACUGUCCAUCCUAUUGGUGGUGCUUGCAUGGCUCGUGACGGUACGGGUUCGACCGGUGCUACAAAUCACAUGGGCGAACUCUUCACCGGUUCUGGCGACAAGACCCAUUCCGGUCUAAUCGUCACGGAUGCUGCAGUUAUCCCAACUGCCCUUGGCGCAAAUCCAUUUGCGACAAUCACUGCUCUAGCAGAGAGAUCCGUUGACCAUUAUGCUAAAAGCCAGCGGCUCACAAUCGAUAUGACGCCCAAUGACGUUCUUGAUCUCUUUGGUUCUCCUCAACAUAAACACAUCCAUAAUAGGAAGCGUGGAUCAGUAGUACAUGUUGACGAAGUCGAGGAGAUUGCUAAAAUUGACAGUGCCAGGAACACUAUCAUCAAUGCUAGGCGCAUGAAUGAUAGCGGGUUUGGCUUUACGGAAGUGAUGUCCGGAUAUAUCCAUCGCGACGAAGGCCUCAAAAGAGACAACGUUGACACGUACAAGUUGGCUGCGAGGAGGGCGGAAUCCCUUAGCGAAACAGCACGUUUCUUCCUAAGCGUGCAGUCUUUCAACAUCAGGUCCAUUAUAAACGACCCCAAUCAUAGAGCGAUGCUAACAGGCACGUUCGUCUGCCCUACUCUUGAGGGGUCCCCUUUCAUGGUUCAACGAGGCGAUUUCAACUUGUUCUUGCUUGAUCGCAAAGCGCCUGGCACUCGAAACCUGACCUACGAUUUUGACAUGCGCGGUAUCAACGGCAGGAGUCUUCAUUUCCACGGCUAUAAAGUAGUCGACUCAUCCGUCGCGCUAUCGCCGGUACAGUUUUGGAAAUCGACGAGCACUCUCUACGUCACAAUCACCGAGACCCUUCCAAAUGCCGACCGCAGCUGCGCAGAUGCGGACGAAUGUGGCCUUCUUGGGAAAAUCGUUGCGAAAGGUAUCAUGCGUAUCCAACCGCAAGACUUCUUAUCUGAAGUCAUGACUCUUACCCCUACGGGCAGCAGCAUUUUCAGGAAGGUGGUAAGCGCGGGCAACUUUCUCACGUUCUUCACGCGGAAAUCCAUGUCCCUUCUGCUAGCGCCGCUCACGCCGUUGCAAUAUCCCGUUCAGACCUGCUUGGGUUUCGUCAAUAACACGCCUCCGACUAGAACUUUCAAGAUCAAGGCUUCCGAUGGUGUUGUUACUAGCCUGCAUAUGUGGGAGCCUACAAACACAUCUAUCGAUACAAGGGACCUAUUCAUGAUCCCCGGUGCUUCGGUUGAUCAUCAGAUUUACGCGCUGCCGACUAUCCGUUACAAUGCCGUCAACUACUUCCGCAGGGCCGGAUACCGAGUAUGGAUUACCGUUCACCGCAUCGGCAUGUUGAUGGUUGCGCAAGAUGACUGGACGACAUUCGACGCGCGACUAGACUUCAAAGCCUGCCUAGAAAAGAUCCGCGAGGAAUCCAUUCUCCGCGAUGAAAACCGGGCGGAGCCGGAGAAGAUAUACACGAUCGCGCACUGCAUGGGCAGCGUGGCGCUGUCAACGGGCUUGCUAGACGGCACGAUCCCGGCUAAGUGGAUCCAGGGUAUAACAUGCAGCCAAGUAUUCAUGAACCCGAUCUGGAACCUAGCGAAUAUGAUCAAGAUCACAGCACUUCCAAUCCCCGGUGAUAUCUUUUACAAGUUCCUGCUCGGCGACUGGUUCAGCUUCAGCACAAGCAAGAACGACAGCCUCCUGCAGAAAGGGCUCAACCAGCUUCUCCGAUUAAUGCCGGACUCGCGGAAGGAACUCUGCAACAACGCGAGCUGCCACCGCACGACGAUGGCGCUGGGCCGGUGCUGGAACCACCAUAACCUCAACGAGGCGACGCACAGACAAAUCGACCGGUUCUUCGGCGGCGUGAGCAUGACGCUCAUGCAUAUCCUCAUGAAGCAGGGGUACCAAGGCGGGGUGACGGGGAACAAGCCCUUGUUCGAAAGACUCGAUACCCAUGAUAAUAUCAGGAGGCUGAAGGGCGUGCCGAUUAUGCUGUUCGUCGGCCGUGAUAACGCGGUGUUGAGUCUCGAGAGCACGGAGAAGACGUAUGAGAUCCUAACGGAUACUUUUGGCACUGGUGAUGAUCGGUCGGGGGUUAGGUAUAGGAGACGCGUGGUUCCUGGUUAUGGACACUUGGAUUGUUGGAUGGGUAGGAAUGCGUGGAAGGAUGUUUACCCGUUUGUGAGGGAGGAGGUUGAUCGUGUUGUUAGGGGCGAUGGGUAUAGGUUCGAUGAGCCGAAUGACCAGUUUAAGGAGUUGGUUGAGAGUGGGAAGUUGUUGUAUUAAACGGUGCUUGGGAGGGAAACUUGGGGUUUGGGUUAUUUGGUGUCUGAUAGAUGGAAAAAGGGUCUUGCAAAACAAAAGGGAUGGUUUGGCGUUCUGGGGAAGGUGGUUUGGCGUUGUGGUUGGUUGGUAGGGCAGGCAAUGGGGAUACGGCGAUAUACCCCUUGUUGCUUUUACCGCUGGAUGUGUUUUUGUUGAUACUGUUGGUAUGGAUACCUUCUUUGCCUGUGAUAGAUGCCAAUACUAUCUUUAUGAACAUUGAUCUAUACUUACUGUACCUAGUAUAUAUACAUAUGUACCUACUAGGUACCUACGUACUUACAGGUACCUACAUGUAUGUACCUAGGUAUAUAUUAACUUUUUAAAUUUUUCAUAA